AUGGAUUCGGCACCAAAACCGGCAAAGGUGAACCCGCGGCUUCCACCCCUCCCCCAUCCUGUCUGUAGAGUAAAAUCAGCUGGUAAGGAUGGUGUCACCCCCGUGUCACCCCCGCAUGCGCAGCGCUGGGCGCACCCUUUGCGCUGCCGUGUUUUGGAGCAGCUGGCGUGUUCAGGCAGGGCUGCCCCUCGCGACGUGGCGCUCCUGGCGGCAGAAGUGGCGCAGUUUCUGUCGGCUGCCGUUGCAGGAUUUGACCGGCGCUGGUGGUCGGAGUUACUCGAUGUUCUGAGGCUUCUGCGCCCGUUCAGGGACCAUCUGACCAGCGAGAGAAGAGUCCUCUUGCCAGCUUUGGGGCAACUGCACAGGGCGUACGAGCGGCACCGGGUACUGCUGGAGGAACUGGAGAUACCCCAUGCUCUGCGGGCUGCCUUCCCAUUUGAUCAGUCUGCCCUGUUUCGGCUGCCCCGGGGCGGAGAAGACGUCUGCCGGCUCCAGCUGCCCCCGGUCUAUCUGCGUGAUCUGCCGCAUUGCCUGGGGUAUAUAGGAGCGGAAUUGGCGGGCGCGGAGUCAAUGUGGUCCCACAACCGGGGCGGCACUGCCCUGGCACUGAGAACCCGUCUGCCUAUGGAGCUGGUGCCUGGUGACGCAAAAGAUCAGCUGCGCAGGUCGGUGUCUGCGUUUCCUCCCCAUCCCUCUGCAGAGGAGCCGGUGGGGCGAGGGAGAGACAUCAGACUCACCGGACUGGACGCGGCGGAGCUCCUGGCCAGAUACAGACACCUGGGACAAGUUGUCUUCUUCUAUCUGAAUAGAGUGGAGGCCGUGGACUGCUGCUUCUAUGACCUGAUUGUGACGUCUUCAUCCAGUGUGCGUCCCGAGCAUUAUGUGUUUUCUCCCUUCGGGGUCCUGCACAUCACCCCCCGGAGCGGCGCUGAAGCCCUCGAGCUCGGAGAAUGGCACCGGGAAGCCGUCCUGUGCCGAGCCAUCAGAAACAUCCCCUUCUUUCGGAAUUUCCAGAGGAGACGGACACUCACUCGAUGGAAACAAAAUGUAAAAAGGAUUCUUUUUCUCAGAAAGCGCGAAUAUCUGAGCAGCAGACUGAUACAGGCGGCCCCUCAUUUUACAGCGGCCCUGCAGCAUAUACAUAGACUGUUGAUGGAGCUGUCCCGGGUACCGUGGCUGCCACAGACUCAGCCGUCUGGCUACUCUUUUCACGACCUGCAGAAUGCUCUGCGGCAGACGAGAUGUGAAGCCAGGAGCCGGUUACACAAGUUCCUGACUCUGGUCUCCCAAAUCCUGCGGCUGGUGAGGGACGACACGUACAUCAUGGUGCAGACCCUGCAGAGAGAUAAGGAGCUGACGGUUUCCGAUCGCCGGGCCGACAGGAAGGAGGCAGAUGCGCGCAUGCGCCAGGCCGAGUCCUGGGCGAGCAGGCUGGGGGUUCUAACGGCAUUGGUGGGACAUCUCAUCUGUCAGAACCUGCGGUCGUUCCUUCAGAGGGACAUCUGCAGCUUUGUGAAUGAGAUCAUCCAGGUGAGACGUGAGGUCUUUAAUAAUAAUGAUGAUGAUGACUUCUUACCUCACGUGCUGUUCUCUAACCUUUAUGAAAAUGCAACCCCCAUGACGCUUUCUCCGGUACCAGAAUGUAUUAAGAGAGCCGCUCCUGUCUCUCCCAAUAACCUCUCCACCCCGUCUGCCGUGCGGAGGGUGUUUGCCCCGUCCCGACAGAUCGACGGCUCAGGGAAACGUCCGGGGGCCAAGGCCGGCAGCUCCUUCCUGCGGGUCUCUCAGGAUGCAUGUCUGUCUCUUUCACAGUGCGGGGCCAAGGCCGGCAGCUCCUUCCUGCGGGUCUCUCAGGAUGUAUGUCUGUCUCUUUCACAGUCCGGGGCCAAGGCUGGCAGCUCCUUCCUGCGGGUCUCUCAGGAUUUAUGUCUGUCUCUUUCACAGUCCAGGGCCAAGGCCGGCAGCUCCUUCCUGCGGGUCUCUCAGGAUUUAUGUCUGUCUCUUUCACAGUCCGGGGCCAAGGCCGACAGCUCCUUCCUGCGGGUCUCUCAGGAUGUAUGUCUGUCUCUUUCACAGUCCGGGGCCAAGGCUGGCAGCUCCUUCCUGCGGGUCUCUCAGGAUUUAUGUCUGUCUCUUUCACAGUCCAGGGCCAAGGCCGGCAGCUCCUUCCUGCGGGUCUCUCAGGAUUUAUGUCUGUCUCUUUCACAGUCCGGGGCCAAGGCCGACAGCUCCUUCCUGCGGGUCUCUCAGGAUGUAUGUCUGUCUCUUUCACAGUCCGGGGCCAAGGCUGGCAGCUCCUUCCUGCGGGUCUCUCAGGAUUUAUGUCUGUCUCUUUCACAGUCCAGGGCCAAGGCCGGCAGCUCCUUCCUGCAAGUCAGUCUGGAGUUUGGAGAGCAGGACAGGCUGUCUCUGAACCCUAUUGGAGAUUCUACGCAGGAGAGCUUCCAGCGAGCGAUUGGCUCAGUUCUGGACUCUGUCUUGGAGGUGACUGGGAUGUUUGAUCGGGAAACCAGCGAGGAGGCGCCCACUGCGUGUGUCCAGGAACCCCCCAGAGCGCAGGUAUUGCCCCCUCUGCCAACGCUCAGUGAGAAGAAGCUUAGGAUGGUUCUUCCGAAACCCGAGGUACCCCUGGUGAGGUGCGCCAGGGCGGGGGGUCUGAAGAUCGAGGGGCACAUGGAGAAGGGUGAGAACCUCCCUCUGCAUCUAAAGCCUCUGCAAAGUCUUCUCUAUAACAACGACCUCAUCUCUCAGGCCAAAGAAAGACUGCAGAGAACGUUGGAGGCUUCUCUCGGUGAGCUGCAGCGGUUCUGUGAUGAGAUCUCCUGGGUGUCUGAGGUCCGGGGGUCUCUUCGCGGUGGGAAGUCAUGGGUCCUCGAGAAGCUCCAUGGAAACUCGGCCCAGGAGUACGAAGAUCUCAUCCUAAAACUGAAAGCCUGGGAGGAACGGCUGCUCUGUGUGAAAGAGACAGUCAGAAGCCAAGCGCUUACCCUUUCCUGCACUCCCAUCAAGAGGCAGAUAGGUCCUCCCCUGGCUGCUGUAAUUCAGGACAUUCUCCAUCUGCUGACAUCGGAGAUCUCUCAUCGCUCUCGGCUUCUCCUGCAGGAGCUGUCUCUGGCUCUGAAGGUUUUUCAAUCACCCAGUACUGAGAUCCCAGCUUUUACUGAAUUCGCUAACAAGGUGGAAAUGUAUACAAAGAGUGUUGAUAACCUUCAGACUCGCUUGGAUUACAUCGGUUCCCUCGCUGCCGUGGUGCGAAUGAAUUACCGGCAGCCAACCUCAGAAGAAGAAAGUCUGCACUGCGAGCUGAUGGACACUUGGGAUAAUUUCCACCUGCACCUGAAGGACGCCUCUGACUUCCUGAGCAGUAACCGCUACUCCAUGUCGGCGAGUCUGGAGCUCCCCUUCCGGUCACUUUACAGGGAGGCCGAGAGCCUCGUCGCAGCCGCCUCUUCUCCCGUCUACCUGGACCCGUCUCAGAAUGUCGGGCGGGUGCUGCGAGAGCUGGGAGACAUGCGCCGGAGACUUCACCUCCUGAUGGCUCAGCUCCAUGAACUCAGCCGCUCCAGACAAGCCUUACAAGGAAAGACAUUUGACGUAUCAGGGAUCAUCAGAGGAGAGAAACAGGUCCAGGCGCGGGCAGCGGCGUGGAAACUGCUGGACAGGAGCAUGGCGGAUGUCGCUGGCUGGAAACGCACGCCAUUCGUGAAGCUGAACACCGAGCUGAUGAAGGAGAAGCUAGAAACCUGCGCAGGAACCCUUCAGGAACUGGCCGCCAUUCUCCCUGAAGAAGAUCCGGUGAUCCAGAAGGUGAGACAAGUCUUGGAUGAUGAGGCGCGGACCCUACCUCUUCUCCAGACACUGGGAAGCCCUGCACUCAAGCGCAAGCACUGGAAAGCCAUGUUUAUUGGGAUGGGGGAAACAUUUUGUGGUCUGGAGACAAUGACCAUCGGUGACCUGUUGGCGUUUCCACUUCUCCAGCAUCAGGAUGAAAUUGAGAAGGUUGCUCGCGGGGCCCGGGCAGAGCUGAUGUUGUUCCAGAGAUUCCAGAAGCUGCAAAGUGUUUGGCGAGAGGCGCGGUUCCACCUGGUGAAAUUUUUCCUCCAUGUGGGGAUCUCAGAGCCCACCCCAGGGAGCUCACACUCACCUGCAAGUGUCAGAUUAUGGGAAUCUGAGGAGGGAGCUCACAGAAAGGACAGCGGGGCCUUUUUACUGACAGAUGUGGAGUCUCUCCACAGUCUGCUGGAUGACAGCCGGGUGACUCUGCGCAUGAUGAACGCGUCUCCUCUCACCCCCGGCAUGCAGGACGAGGUGUCUGAUUGGAUGCAGAAACUGGAGGCUUUCGGCCGCCACCUGGACCUCUGGAUUCAGUUCCAGGAGAAAUGGGUCUUUAUAACCAAAGCCACCCAAGAGAUGGGGGUGGUCCGGUUCCAGGCGGUCGACCAGAAUUACCGCUCCUUCUUGGCGGUAACCGCGCAGGACCCGCUUGUUAUGUUCGUCCUGACCCAGCCUCAGAACGGACGCCAUCGAGCCUUCCAUGGAGAAGCUCUUGCUUCUGCUUUCUGCAAAGGGAUCGGCAUCAUGGAGGACAUCAUGGCAGACAUGAGCCCCGCACUGGACUCUUCCAGAUCUCUCUGUCCUCGACUCUUCUUUCUGGGCGACAGGGACUUGCUUCACGUACUGACUGCCCCUGCGGAGCCUGCAGAGCGCACUCGCUGUGCCCUGCUCUGCUUUCCCAACCUUAAAAAUGUUCUAUAUAAGAUUCAGCCCCUUGAAAUGCUGUCCCCUAUAAAUGCCACCCUAAACAGCCGCCAAAUACUAACCACAGGGGUAGAGGGACUUCAUAAUGAAAGACUUCAUUUAAACUCCCCCAUCUCUGACAACCUACAGAUCAUUUCAUGGCUGUGUGAACUGGAGGAGAAAAUGAGGGAGAGUGUGAGAACUCAGCUGGAUCUGUGUCUGAGUGAGCGGAGGGAAGCGGGCUUCCUGAACGUCACUCAUCUUGAGUCCUGCAAACAGUGGGUUACAAGCUACCCCUGGCAGUGUCUGGCCCUGAGCGAGGAGGUCCUGUGGUGUGAGGAGAUGGAAGAUCAUCUGUCCAUCCAACACAAGAGCUCUCUCAGAGAGAAACACAAUCAGAAGCUUGAAUUCCUGGCUCAGCGUCUACAAGAUGUCUACAAUUCCACGGUCACCUGCAGGGCCCGAGCCGCUAUGUCUGCCUGGGUCACACUUGCAGCACUUCAGAGGGACCGUGUCUGCAGUUUGCUGGAUGAGGGGAUUCAGAGAACUGACUCUUUUGCAUGGGCCAAGAUCUUGAAAUACAGAGUAGUCUUGGGUCCAAGAUACGCUGAGCAUUUGGAUCCGGAAGAUGGUCAGGUUGAAAUACCCCCUAAGACCACCAUAUCCACUCUUUAUUCUGUGGAUGUUCUAGGCUACCAUCUGACGUAUGACUAUGAAUAUAUUGGUUUAGGAGGCAGCUUCAUACAGAGCUCUCUGUCUGACAGAACCACGUUGGGCCUGAUUCUUGCUCUGAAGCGGUUCCACUGUGGUGUGGUCAUUGGACAAGACGAGAGCAGCAGAGCUGACACAGUGAUGGCUCUCGGCCAUGCCUUGGGGCGUCAGGUCCUGCUGUUGAAAUGCUGGGCUGGUAUACAGCUGGGCAGACUGAGUAAGCACUUACAGGGGGCGCUGCGUGGAGGGGCAUGGCUGGUUCUAGACAGUGCACACAGAUUGACAAAGGAGGUCCACUCAUCACUCGGGCAGCUUCUCUGGAGUAUACAGUCUUCCUGCCAAGCUUUGGUUCCCUGUGGCCAGGGACCUGAGAAUGAAUGUCUCCAGCCGAGAGUGAUAGGAGAGAUCCAGUUUGGAGGAAAGGCAGUUUCAGUCAACCAGAGCUAUGGCUGCUUCAUGACUCUACCUCAUCUCAACUACUCCUGUGAUCUUCCUUCAAAUCUUCGCCUGGUCCUCAGACCAGUGUCCCUCCUGUCUCCAGACAUGCGAGUAACUGCUGAACUAGCCCUGCUGGCUGCAGGAUUUCAGGACCAUAAACGCUUGGCCAGAAAGAUCUCAAGCUUUUUCAAGUUUGCACAGCAGUCAUCGUCGGUAUCUCCAACCACCUGCUCUUCACUUAUGAAAGACGCAAUUCACAAGGCUUCUUCCUACCUGAAAACAAGUGCCUUGCACAACAGAACCAAUACUAUUGGGUUUGUAGGAGACUCCAGGGCUUCCAUAGAGCCAUCUUCACUCACCCCUAGCAACGUUGAGGAAGGGAUGCUGCUCAGAGAAAUAUAUGCGUCUUCAUUCUGGUCUGGGCUUCCAUCUUCUCAGUGCAGUCACUUGAAGGACAUCCUCCAAGGUGUCUUCCCAAUGUUGCCAUCCCUGGAGCCUUGUGCAAACUCUGAGCUCCUCAAUUCUGUUCAUUUAGAUCUGCAGAUGGCAGGACUUGAAGCUCACCCUGAGCUUAGUUGCAAAGUUCUGGAACUUUUUCAAGCUCUUCAGCAAAGCCCAGGAGUUCUGCUCACCGGCAGCCCGGGAAGUGGGAAAACCACAUGUUGGAGAGUCCUGUCCCGGGCCAUGAACUGCCUGGCAAGUGCCACAGAGCAACCAGCAGCCAAGGAAGAGUCUGUCAGAAACACAUUCCAGCCAGUACACACCAUCCACCUCUUCCCCAAUAGUCUGACUACACAAGAGCUUGUUGGAGGAAUGCAUGAUGGAAACCAGAAGGAUGGAAUCCUCUCCCAUCUUCUGCAUAGAAACGCUGAAGGAUCUGCAGCCUUAAAGUGGGUAAUUAUAGAUGGGUCAGCCAGCCCACACUGGACAGAACCCAUUUCCUGUCUGUUCGGCCCGUAUUCAGGAUUGACAUUGCCUAACGGUGAAGGUCUCUGCCGGCCAGAAUCCACCAAAUUCGUGUUUGAGAUGACGGACACGUCGAACAUUACUCCUGCCAUAUCCACUGCCUGUGCUUUUGUGCACUGUGGUGGGGUGGACACGUGGAGGGCAGUGCUGGGAGCCUUUAUGUCCAAGCUGUAUGUGAGAUAUGAAAUCACUUUGGAUACCGCCCGCUUGCUUCAAAUCCUGAGCGAGAGCUUCAUACCCAGGACUCUAAGAUUUUUGGAGCAGUCCUGCUCCUCCGCACUGCACCCCCACACUGCACCCUCAGCUCGGGGCAUAUCCGAGGUCUCCUCGUUCUGUAACAUCCAACAGGCUCUGAUGGAUCAGUACCUGCCUCGCGAGAACAUACCAAGUCCGUCAUUACGGUGGCGAGGAAAACCACAGGAGCCAAAAGCUGCCGAAAUCCCAAAGGAAACCCAACAGGCUGCAGAAAAUUCUGAGAAAAUGAUGGAAAGAGGUUUGGGACUCUCCUCUUUGGACCUGUUGAUUCCACAUCGCAACCACAGUCUGGCUCAGUCCUGCUUCCUCUACUCCUUUGUUUGGGGGUUCGCUGGACACUUAAAUCCUAGGCACCGCCCCCCGUUUGAUGCCUUUUUGCGGGGUAUCCUCGCAGACAGUCCAUUACAAGUCGUCAUCCCGCAAGCCGCGUCUCUCUUCGAAAUGCACCCCAGCCCUGAAGAGGAAGCUCUUGUGCUCGUUCCGGAGAUGCGCGUGACGCAGCCAAUCAGGAAAGAGAUCGUCCUUCCUCAGUUUCAGGCUGUUCUUGCCGCUGUGAGAUCUCUCGCUCGCUCUGGCCGGCCUGUCCUGUUAGUUGGUCCUCGUGGAUCUGGGAAGACAGGCCUGGUGGAGUCCGUGACGCCCCAUGGAGUGGUUUCUCACCGGGUCCCCGUCAGCCCCUUGUUGGAUGCUGCUCAGCUGCGCAAGUUCCUGGGUGGUCAACAAGAAAUGUCGCCUACGGCAGGACAACAAACCCCCCACGGACGUCGCGUCCGCCGUCUCUUCUUCCUUGAUGACCUGCAUGAAGCUUCGUUUGACACGGACAGUAAGACAUAUCCCACUCUGGAGGCUUUACGUGAUAUUGUCUCGGCCAAUCAGAGCACAGCUUGUGUACCAGGGACAAGCUUCCUGGGCACCUUGUGCCCACCUGAGGAUGUAGGUGGUGGGUUGUGUCCAAGACUCACCCGUCUCUUCUUUGUCCUCGUUCUGCCUCCAUGCAGCUCGGAAUCCCUGCUGAGUUUAUUUACCCCCAGGCUGACUGCGUGGCUGAAGAAGACGUUGCCCCUGCCCCAGGCUGUGGUUCUCGGCACAGCGUUGGCAAAAGCCACGGUUACUCUGUAUAAUGAGCUGAUACAAACUCUCCCUCCACGUUACCUCUUCUCCCUACGUCACCUUCACAGAUUACACCACAGCGUGACCCAACUGUGCCCAUCCCCAGGGCCUUCUCUCUCCUCAAAGCCCGAUGUUGCCCUCCCUGCUCGACUCCACACCACACGGGGUAUUGCCCGUCUCUGGAUGCACGAGGCUCUUUUAAGCUUCAGUGACGUGGUGGAGACUGAAGAAGAGAGAGAGGCGUUCAGAGACAUCCUCUUGAGAUGUGCCCGGCAAACAUUCUGUAUUGGACCCCAGGAUACGACUCCAGAGGAGGACCAACCAGGUACCAGAACCCUACAAGGCGCUGGAGAAACCGAGCCAAGCAGUGGCCAGGAGAUAAAACGUGGCACAACAUGUACGUCAAGAAUCUCAAGCCAUUCCUCUCCAGCCCCCGAGGAGUAUCUUCUGCCCUCUCAUCUGCUGCUAAACGAUGGACCCCUUCGGGACAUGACCUUCUGUCAUGCGGUGAUCCGUGGGACCAGAGAAGGAACAGAGGUCCACGUUUAUAAAGAGCGGCAAGACGUCGUCUCCUACACCGCACAGACGGGAGGCUUGAUUCUCCCACCAGAGGACCUCAAACAUAUUGCCCGUCUCACCCGGGCUCUGCUGCUUCCCCAGGGUCACUUAGCUCUGCUCGCUCAAUACCCAGCCACGGGAAGGAGGACCUUAGCCGGACUGGCAGCACAGCUCACCCGAUGCCUGCUGCUGGAGCUCCGCGGCAAUGAGACACGGGAGGAACGGCACAAUCUUCUUAGGGAGGCCUCCUGGAAGGCUGGAGUCCUGGGGAUGGGAACGGCCAUUCUGGUGCAUGAAGGCGUAUCGGAACGGGCUCAGCAGGAGCUUUCGUGUCUGGUUCGUGAAGGAACCUUUGUGGGGUUGCACAGCGCGGAGGAAGAAGAACGAGCUCUGCAGGCUCUGCAGCAGAACGAGAGGGGCGGCAAAAAAAACUGCAGCAAAAAAGAGCUGCAAGAGAGGUUCUGGCGCUGUGUGCAGAGCAAUCUCCAUGUUCUGCAGCUGCAGAGUGCUAUGCACAAGCCUCCAAACCACAUGUGUCCAGAUCACUACCAGCCAUGGAGUCUCUGCUCUCUGGAGAACGUUGCUCAGCAGCUUCUAGGAGGGUCUCAGGGCUCCCCUGUGUCUCGCAGGCCUUUGCCAGAGGUGAUGUCUCUCAUCCAUCUUUCUGCCCAGAGUUACUGUUCGAGGUUCUGCCCUCGCAUCGCGCUCGCCUCCAAGAGAGCGUUCAUCGGCUUCGUAGACACGUAUGUGAGAUACCUGGCGUGUCUGAGCGCGGGCAUAGAGAGAGAACAACAGAGGCUCCGUGUCCGCUCCGUGUCCGUGAGUCCGUUACAUGUCUGCUUCUCAGGCUCCAUGUCCGUGAGUCUGUUCCAUGUCUGCUUCUCCACGUCCGCUCCGUGUCCGCUCCGUGUCUGCUCCGUGUCCGUGAGUCCGUUACAUGUCUGCUUCUCAGGCUCCGUGUCCGUGAGCUCCGUGUCCGUGAGUCCGUUACAUGUCUGCUUCUCAGGCUCCGUGUCCGCUCCGCAUCCGCUCCAGGCUGCUCUGAGCCGGGUCCACGAGGUGCACGAGGAGGGGAGAAAGUGCGCAGGGGAUCUGGGAGUUGUAGCCCGGCAUCUCCACGAGGCAGAGAAGAACGUGCAGCAGUGGAGGCAGCGGCUAGCGGAGGUGAGAAGCUCCCGGGAUCGGAUUAGGGAGCAGUGCAAGGCGCUGGAUAAGAUUAAGGGGUACACGGCCGCGCAGGUGAGCGCUACGAGGAGCCGGAGACUGCAAGAGCUUGAAGAGGCUCAGCUGCGGUGGGCUGCCGUGCAGGACCAGCUUAAACCAUCGGACAUUGAAGAAAUCAGGCGAUAUCGUGUCCCGCCGCCACAAGUUGUCAUGGUAACGGAUGCUGUGUGCGCCAUAUUUGGAAAGGAAUCGGGCUGGGACAGCGCCAAGCAGCUGAUUGGACGGGAUGACUUUUAUCAGAUGUUGCAGUUUUUUGAUGUCUCCAAGAUGUCAGAUGGCGCCUUCUCGUCUCUGACACGCGCGGUGAGCGGAUCCAUGGGUAAUGUAAGUUCUGUACAGCAGUCAAGCCAAGCAGCUGCCUCCCUGUGUCAGUGGCUCCUAGGCCUACUUCAGCAUGCCACCAUUCUGCGGAGGCUUGGUGCUGGCGAGGCUUUGCUGGCUGGACUGGAGGCUCAAGACAUCGAGGUAGCCGAAAAAAUUGCAGACAAGAGGAUGACGGCACAAAAGCUGCAGGGGACGGAGGCUGAGAGUUUGCAGAAUCUGGAGGAGGCCAGGAGAAGAGAAGAGGAACUUCGCCAACAGCUCAGCGUGUUACAGCAGAGAUCUGAGGUGGUGCGGGAGCAUGAGCGUCACCUGGAGCCCCAUGAAACAAAAUGGAAGGAUGCCCUGGAGGCGCAGCACACACGCGCAAUCUCGGCUCCUGCUGACGCUCUGCUGGUCGCUGCUGCCAUAUCUUACCUCGGGUCGCUGCCUUGGCCACGUUUCUCCAAGCUCUUGGAUAAGUGGUGGGAUUCAUGCCGAGGUGUUGAGGUGUCUUUGGAUCCAGAUGAUGUGAGGGAGGCCCUGGAGCCUUCAAAUCCAACGGGUGCAGCUCUCCGUGUGCUGGACAUGCUGAGUUCCUCUGCAGAGCGUCUUAACUGGCACAGACAUGGACUGUUAAUGGGUGCAGAGGCUCAGACCAGAGCCGUUCUGCUCCGAGCCGGUGCCCGGUACUCAUCCUGCAGGCCAACACUUAUCCUGGACCCUGACCACCGUGGAGAGAAGUGGCUGAGAGCUCUCCUCGGGGAAGUGGAACAGGACACCGGUAGGAGAUGUGAGUAUGCACAGAAUAUGGAGUGUCCUGCGGGUUUCGUCCAUAAACCUCAACUCUGCGUGGUGAACUCCUCAGACAGCACACUGAGCCACAGACUGCACGCGGCCCACGCUAAAGGCAUGUGGGUACUUAUUACUCAUGUAGAAAGGAACAAGUCUAUUGGGAGUCUGAUACGUGGACUGAGGUACCAAGAUGGAGAAAAGAAGAGCAAGACGGAAACUGGUGAUGACAUCACCACCCAGGAUGAAGAUGAUGUCAUAGCCCUGGGCAGAGAUGGCACUGCAGCCCUAAGUGGAGAGACACCAGUGUCCUUUCAUGUCUUUCUCAGCACAUACCUACCCCUCAACUGCCUGACGGAGGAACUGGGCUCUGACCUCAUCAAGGACGUGAACGUCAUCGACAUGAGUCUGAGUCCCUCAGGACUGGAAGAGGAGCUGCUCAGGGAGGUCUUGCUGUUUGAGGAGCCGCGGCUGCAGGAGAAGAGGAGCGCUCUCCACCUAAACUCCCUGCGGAUACAGGAGGAACUACUGCAGGCGGAGGACUCGUUACUCAGUAUCUCUGCCUGCAGCCCGUGCCCUCUGCUUCAGAAUACAGACUUCCUCCGGCGGAUGUCCGAAGGCGUGGAGACCCAGCGCACUUUGCAGAGGAGGCUGGAGGAUUUGGAGUCCUUGCAGAGGCAGCUCGAUGAAGGUCUCGGGCCAUACGUUUCAGCGGCUGGUUCCGUCCGUAGGUUGAGUUCGAGGCUGCAGGAGGUUUCCCAGCUCUCUUCGUGUUAUCGCUUCCCAGCAGAGCUGGUCCUGCGCUGGGCCCAAAAUGUUCUGAACAGUAAGGAGGCAAUUCAAGCUGCCAAAGAAGGUGUUAAAACCGAAACGCUGGUGACUCGGGGGGUUCUCACCCGCGUGCUCCCAACUCUGACCCCGGAGCACAGGCAGGUCCUGAAGGUCCUUCUAGCGGUAGGGCAGCCUCAAGCCGUGGAGUGGCUGGCCUUCCUGGGACUGGCACACACUUUGGUUAAAGGACCGAUGUCCUCCUGCAUCCAGAGACCCUCGUGGGUGGAAGACAAGGCCUGGGAAGAGCUGGGGCACUUGGAGAAUCUGCCUCCAUUCCGGGGCAUCCGUUCCUCAUUGAGUGUACAGGCCAGCCAGUGGCAAGAGUAUUUUCGCCUUAAUUCCACUGUAAUCGGCCCAGCACCCUGCCUCCACUUUGCCCACCUUAAUUUGGUCCAGACAGCGAUCCUCUGGCGCAUCCUAUGUCCUGAGAAGCUGGCGCUGGUGCUCACUCACCUGAGUUCAUGCAUCCUGGGAUCUACGUCUGGUGAUUGCUGGGAAGAGCAGGCAGAUCUCCUCAGCCUGAGUGAUCCACGGACACCUAUUGUGUAUCUACUCCCACGAUUGGGAUUACCUGGACCUCAUUUCCACCCGUUGUCUCAAAUAUGGCAGCUAGCCAAGAAAAGAGGCAAAGAGGUGAAGAUCAUCUGGUGGGGUCACCCACCCCCCGAAUUCAACACAAGAGCCACGAUCGCCGCAUGUCAGAGAGAAGGACACUGGCUUCUGGUAUAUGGCGGAGAUUCACGGGAGUGGGACCUCAGUCUGACCCACGCACUUACAGACAUGCUGAGAGCCGACGUGAUGACGCAGAAUCCUGAUUUCCGCCUCUGGGUUGUAAUCCAGGAAGAGGCGGCCGGGUCCCUUCCAGCAUGCGUGAGGUUAGCGUGUUGGCCUGUACUCUGCACCGUCCCCACUGACCUCCGCUCUGUCCUGCUGCAGAGCUGCAAAGAUUCAGCUGAGCUUCUGGAAGAGGAACCCCUAGGCCGGGAGGCUCUGCAGCUUGUGAUCCUGCACAGCAUCCUGCAGCGCAGGCAGGAAUACAGCCGCUCCGCGCAGGCCGAGACCUGCUCCUGGGGCCAGGAGGAGCUGAGCCUCGCUCUACAUGUUCUGAAGAGACUGAGAUCGCUCUGCACCAGCUGGGAGGAAGCUCUGCAUUUCCUUACAGGAGCUGUUAUUUAUGGAGGUCACGUGGUCGAUGAGGGCGACGCAGAGUGUGUCACGGAACUGGCCCGGCUCUGUCUAUGCGACAAUCGUCUUACCAGCCGCGGGAUCGCGAACCUUCUCUCUGCCUUCCAGACGCAUCUCAGCUCAGGGUCCUGGAUGUGUCGUUUCUGGAGGUCGAUACAGAAUGUCUCCUCCCUGUGGGAACCAUCAAGUCUGGGGUUGAGUGAGGGUCUGCAAAGUACUGCAUUGGCAAAUGGACACCAAGCUCUGUCAGAUCUCCUCAUCACCCAAGAUGUGUGGACACGGAAAAGUUCAUCCCACCGCGAGAGUGUGAAUUCUCCCACGCCAGGACCACAGGAACCCCCUGAGGGAACAGGCGGCCAAAGUCCUAGACCUCCUCAGCAGCUCUUGAUUCAACAGUAUCUGGAGCUGUUGAGCGAUGUCCAGUCUCUAUAUGUGGCCAAAAAGAGAGACCUGGAUGCUCUGUGUGUCGCAGAGGAAGAUCACGUUCUAGAGGCACAGACAGAGGCAGCAAAGCAGGACAUAGAGCGGAAGGCUCACAGUCUAGAACCACAGAGGGAAAAAAUGCAGCAGGACACAGACCAGAAGGUUCGGGAUCUAGAGCCACAGAGGGAAGAAGUGGAGCAGGACAUAGGCCAGAAGGUUGAGGAUCUAGAGCCACAGAGGGAAGAAGUGGAGCAGGACAUAGACCAGAAGGUUCGGGAUCUAGAGCCACAGAGGGAAGAAGUAGAGCAGGACAUAAGCCAGAAGGUUCAGGAUCUAGAGCCACAGAGGGAAGAGGUGGAGCAGGACAUAAGCCAGAAGGUUCAGGAUCUAGAGCCACAGAGGGAAGAGGUGGAGCAGGACAUAGACCAGAAGGUUGAGGUUCUAGAGCCACAGGGGGAAGAAGUGGAGCAGGACAUAGCGCAGAAGGUUCAGGAUCUAGAGCCACAGAGGGAAGAAGUGGAGCAGGACAUAGACCAGAAGGUUCAGGAUCUAGAGCCACAGAGGGAAGAAGUGAAGCAGGAUAUAGAGCAGGACGGCCACAGGGUGAACCCAGAGAGAAAGGGGUUCAAUUGCAAUGAGAGGAAGAAUUUGGACAGUGACCAGGAUAUAAAGGAGUCACCGAGGAGGAGGAAGGGGCAUCUCGUGUUGAGGUUUCUCUUUGAAGAAUGGGAAUUCCUUGGCCAGUUGCUGGGAAGGGCUGCGCAGGAACUGACGCUCGCUGUAUCUGCCUGCCGCUGCCGGACAUGUCAGAAGGUGCGAGAAGCCGUGUCUGGGGACCUCGUGCCCCAGGAAUGGGACGUGUACCCCUCAGAUUCACAUCACCUUCGGGACUGGAUCCGCAGGCUCCACAUCCGUUUGAAUCUCCUAUUCAGCUACUUGUCUGCCCCUUCCCCGCCCCACAUAUCCUACAACCUGAGUGUCUUCCAGCAGCCGACAAGACUUUUCCAGAGCCUCCUGCGGGAACGAGCCGAGGAAGACCAGGCCUCGCUCGAGCUCUACACCCUGCGCCUAAAGGUAUCACACAGGAAGCAGUCCGCUACGGGCAGCGAGGGGGCGACGCUGGUCGGUGUACAUUUGAAGCACGCAUUAUGGGACAUGCGACGGGGGCUCCUGCAGGACACAUUGUCGCCAAAACUCUGCGCACUGCCUGCGGUGCACAUCUCUGCUGCACGGGACUCUACGGCAUCCUCCUCGGCCCAGUACCUGUGUCCCCUCUAUGCAAACGACCCAUCCGACGGUCCUGCUCAACCAAGAACAAAGGCUCUGGCCUUCUUGUCCCUUCCCACCUGUACUACUCCUACUGCGUGGAGUCUGCGCAAGGUCUGUGCGGUCAGCCUCCUGUGACAAUACCCCACGGACACGGCUCUUCUGUACAAAGAAUGAUUUCUCAAUAAAAUACGGGACUCCUC